AUGUCCAGGAGAGAAGCUAAAAUAAAGGUAAACGUGGAAGGAAUAGUAGAGAAGUGCAAGUCUAUCAAUAGUAGAUACAGUGAAGAUUUUUUAAAUGCAAACUGUAGAAAACCAAGCUAUUUGGUUAUACUAAAAGACAUAUUUGGUGGUGAUAGUCUAAAAAUAGAAAGUGAUCAUAGCAAAGAAGAGAAGGAGCGCAUCUUAGACAUAAUUAUAAAUGAUAUGUCUCAGUUCCUUAUAGAUAAUGAGUAUCAAGACUUAAGCAUGUACGUGAUAGGCCAAGCACUAAAGAGUAAAAACGAUAAAUCAAUUGAAUCUAAGUCGAUAGAAUUAAUUAAUAAGUUUAUGAAACCAAAUCCAUUUAUAUACAGACCAGAGCACGGGAUUCAUAGAAAGGUUGCCAUAAAUGAAUCAUUUGAGCCUCUAUAUCCGGAUGAAGAUAGUCCAUACUUAAGCACUGGAACAUCAUACACUCUGGAGAUCGAUGAUACAAAGCUACAAAAUGCACUUCAGCUUAGUGAAGAGAAUCUGCGUAAAAAAUAUUUUGUUUAUGCUAAUUCUCUAUUAUAUCUGCUAAAGCCAACAAAUAAUUUAAAAAAAUAUUCGUCUAUAAAAAAAAUCUAUACAUUAGAUGGACUGUAUGACUUAAAGGAAAAAAAUGUAACAUUUUUAGAUUACGGAUUGAGGCUGAUUUGCGAUAAAUACUAUACUUUUAAAAGACUAAUUGAGAGAAUCAGAAAAAUGGAAGCCGAUUCUUGCAAGCCAGAGAAUAUAGAAAAAGAAAUUAAGAAAGCAUUUAUUCAGGAAGACUUGGACAUAAUCAUUUCUAUCAUUGACAAUUUAGAGGAAAUUAAAUACGAGAAAAAUAUAUACGAUCGCAUGGUUAGAGCAUUGGAUUACAUGGCAAAUAACACUACGCUCUUAAAAGAAACAGAAGGGGGACCAAACAUUCUGAGGAUAAAAGCAGAUUUAAGUAAUUUUGAUGAAGACUACAUAAA